AUGGUGAAGGUCGGAGUAAACGGAUUUGGCCGUAUUGGGCGCCUGGUCACCAGGGCUGCUUUUAACACUGGCAAAGCGGAUAUUGACCCCUUCAUUGACCUCAACUACAUGGUCUACAUGUUCCAAUAUGAUUCCACCCAUGGCAAAUUCCACGGCACAGUCAAGGCUGAGAACGGGAAGUUUGUCAUCAAUGGAAAGUCCAUCUCCAUCUUCCAGGAGCAAGAUCCUGCCAACAUCAAAUGGGGUGAUGCUGGUGCUGAGCUGGGGCUCACUUUGAAGAGCGGGGCCAAGAGGGUCAUCAUCUCUGCUCCCUCUGCCAAUGCCCCCAUGUUCGUGAUGGGUGUGAAUCAUGAGAAGUAUGACAACUCCCUCAAGAUUGUCAGCAGUGCCCCCUGUGCCACCAACUGCUUGGCUCCUCUGGGCAAGGUCAUCCAUGACAACUUCGGCAUCAUGGAGGGACUCAUGACCACCGUCCAUGCCAUCACUGCCACCCAGAAGACUGUGGAUGGCGCCUCUGGGAAGCUGUGGUGCGAUGGCCGAGGGGCUGCCCAGAACAUCAUCCCUACUUCCACUGGCACUGCCAAGGCUGUGGGCAAGGUCAUCCCUGAGCUGAAGGGGAAGCUCACUGGCAUGGCCUUCUGUGUCCCCACCCCCAACAUGUCCAUCAUGGAUCUGACCUGCUGCCUGGAGAAAGCUGCCAAAUACGACAACAUCAAGGUGGUGAAGCAGGUGUCAGAGGGCCCCCUCAAGGGCAUCCUGGGGUACACUGAGGACCAGGUUGUCUCCUGA